AUGACUGUAUUCUUCACAACGGAGCAAUUCGAGCGGUUGAUAAGUUUAGUUCACUCCAGCAAUGACGGCACAGGAACAUUUACCACGUUUUGUGCGCAUUUCAAUGGUGAGCGUAGUCCAGCAAAAGUGGAAGAGUUCAUUGCGGUAAUUUCAACUUUCAAAGCGGUGGAGAAAAUUGCGGAUGUGGACGCCGAAUGGUGGCGUGGCAUUAAGGAGCAAGUCGUUGAUUUUGCAGACGUUACACGUAGACUGCGCGAGAGUUUUUCACCUUCAAAACCGGCCUGGCAAAUUUAUGCCGGAAUCUUUGAUUUAAAGCAAUAG